GGGGAGCACCGCGCCGGAACCGGAGCAGGGCCGGAAGUUCCCUCGCCCCGGCGCUCCUGGGCCGCGGGGCAGCGCCGCGCCCUUCAUGGAAGAGAUGUCGGGAGAAAGCGUGGUGAGCUCGGCGGUGCCGGCGGCUGCCACCCGCACCACCUCCUUCAAGGGCGCCAGCCCCAGCUCCAAGUACGUCAAGCUGAACAUCGGCGGCGCCCUCUACUACACCACCAUGCAGACGCUGACCAAGCAGGACACGAUGCUCAAAGCCAUGUUCAGCGGCCGAAUGGAAGUCCUGACCGACAGCGAAGGCUGGAUCCUGAUCGACCGCUGUGGGAAGCAUUUUGGGACGAUCCUGAACUACCUGCGCGACGGGGCCGUGCCGCUCCCUGAGAGCCGGCGAGAGAUAGAGGAGCUGCUGGCCGAGGCGAAGUACUACCUGGUGCAGGGGCUGGUGGACGAGUGCCAAGCAGCCUUGCAGCAGAACAAAGAUGCGUAUGAACCGUUCUGCAAGGUGCCGGUCAUCACGUCGUCCAAGGAAGAGCAAAAGCUGAUAGCCACUUCCAAUAAGCCAGCGGUGAAGUUGCUGUAUAACAGGAGCAACAACAAAUAUUCCUACACCAGCAACUCUGACGACAACAUGCUGAAGAACAUCGAGCUGUUCGAUAAGCUCUCCUUGAGGUUUAACGGGAGGGUGCUGUUUAUAAAAGACGUGAUUGGAGACGAGAUCUGCUGCUGGUCUUUCUACGGCCAGGGACGGAAGAUUGCUGAAGUCUGUUGCACUUCCAUUGUUUAUGCUACUGAGAAAAAGCAGACAAAGGUGGAGUUCCCAGAAGCCCGCAUUUACGAGGAGACGCUGAACAUUCUGCUGUACGAGUCCCAGGACGGGAGAGGACCUGACAACGCGCUCCUGGAAGCCACAGGAGGGGCAGCUGGGCGCUCCCACCACUUAGAAGAAGAUGAGGAGCGGGAGCGCAUCGAGCGCGUGCGAAGAAUUCAUAUUAAGCGUCCGGAUGACAGAGCCCACCUGCACCAGUGAGCUGCCCGACGGCCGCAGGCUGCGCGGGGCUGUCUGGGAGGCGCUGCCCUUCCCCUGAUUGAUCGUCCGCAGCAGAGGACCGGGCAGCUCCUCUUCUCUUCAACAAAGUCUGUAAAUUCCGUUUUGUAACAAACUAGGUUAUUUGGGGUAUUUAAACGCAGUAGUUCUAGGACAGGAAUAAGUAAGGUCACCGGGCGUACGGUAGGUAUGUAAGGCCCCGUUGAGCAUCUGGAGAAAUGCCCUGGAUUUUUAGCACUCUUGUCUUUGCUCUUUUGUGGUUAGUGAGGAAGAAGGCUGGCUCCCUUUGGCUUUUGUAAUUAUCCUGCACUUUAAAACAAACCGACAAACAAACCCAGCAGCAACAAAAGGUCAGUCAGCCACCUGUCUUCCUUCCAGGCACUCCCUGGCCCUGUCUCCUCCUGGGCAUGGGAGAAACGCGGCGAUCCGAGCACCGGAGCUGCUGCAGAGCUCCCUCUCCUCCAGGCCUGCAGGCGAUAGUGCUGGUAGCUCGGGAGUGCCUCAGCACUGCUGCUGGUCAGGCAAGCGCCGGGUGCUGAGCACCGGGUGCUGAGCACCGUCUGCUGGCUUGGCCUCGGCGGCGCCUAGGGCAGAGGGAGCCCCGCGCGGUGCCGCGUCGGGGGAGCUGCUUGUGCUGGGCUGGCCGGGCAGCUGCCUGCAGCUCCCCGCCGCGCUCGGGGCCCUCUCCUCCAACGGUUUGGUGGAGCUUCUCCAGCACGGAAUUGUGGAGACCUUUGUCUCAAAAAACCCCUUUGCUUUGUCGGUGCAGUGCUGGGGGGGAGAUGUUAAAAUUCCUCCAGACGGAGGGUCAGGAGCUAGUUGCACCGGACGGCUUUUCCUUGGGGGUGUUGCUACCAGUUGGAGCUUAGAACUUCUGCCUGACCCCACACCUGCACUGGGGGGCCUACUUCCAUCAAAUUACGGAUCAGUAAGCCGUGCUUGCUGUCCUGCCUUCACCACGGGUUAGAUUUCAUCGCGGGUUCAACCACUCCAUGCCUGCCUCACGUAGGCUGGAGGCCAGCAGCCGUAGUUGGGUUCUGUGACUGAUAGAGGAGCGUUGUCUCGCAGUGAGUACCACGGGGAGGAAAGGACGGUGGCCCAGAGGUGGCUGAUCCUCGUUUGCCUUUCCCUGAGCAUAUUUCCAAGUCUCUUUGCAGAAAUGGCAGCUGUGUGUCAAAGGGCGGAGCUGAAAUGUGUAGAGAAAGCUGUAUCGUCUCGCUUCCUGAGAGUAGUCCUCUAUUAUAAAUGAGUGUUUUAUCUACCUCCUAGUCUCGUGUUGCCUCGUGUGGAGUCAAGUAGCAAUUAUAGUGGUAGAAGAUCGUGUGUAACUCAAUAGGAUUGGAUGCUAAAGGAUAGUGAGAAGAGCUACGGCUGUAAUGGUCAAUGCAGCAAAUCUUGGCAGGGAGAGAAACCAGCGGCAGCGAGUCUUAAACUUCCAGGCAGGAUGGCAGCCUGGCAGCCCCCACAGUACUUCGGUUUAUUCCAUUAUUUUUCACUCUUCACCUGGAAUAUCUAACGCUGGCCUCGACAGCCAGGUGGCUCACAGAGCAGCAGCUCUUUACGCAGUGAGGCGGGUAUUUGCUUCUGUAAACUUCGUGCUCCAAGGAGUCCUGCUCCUGGCUCAGGGCUGAUGGUGGCGUCCUGACACGCCCAAAACCAAAGGUGUGGUCAGCAUCACCGGCUAUGUUACGCUGCUGCUUUUAUUUCAAAUUGCAGAGAAGCUGUCUGGGAUCUAACUGCUAAGGCUAAAGCCUUUUGUUUGCUCGGUGGUACGCUUCUGGGGCAUCAUGUAAGACUAAAAACUUCCACGGUUAGGCCGAAGCUGUCUUUCUAGUAACCAAAGACUUUUCUAAAUCACAGACACCGUCUGUGGCAGAUGUGAGUGUUGGUCCUGUCUCCUCUUAUCUUUCUUCAGCUACUGAUAAGUAAGAACUCAGCAGUGCCCGGCCGUAUCGGUGUAGUUCAGCAGCUUCAGCUAUGUCCUUCCUACCCUGGGCUCCUGUUUUAAGCCGUACCUGCAUGCGUUGGCACCGGUGCACGCUGUGGGUUCGUACAAGUCCAUGGUGCAGAUCGUUGUGAGGCCCCAGUGCCUCUCCCUGACCUUCCUCAUGCGAUAAGCUGGGGAGCAUGGAAGUAAAGUCCCCGGGGUUGCUCUCUGGCACCGUGUACUUUGACACUUACUGGUGAAUUCCGGGGCCGUUGGUGGGGGUCUGAGUGUCCGUAACAGGCCUACUGCCCUCGAGGGGGGCUACGCUCUGCCCCGUUUUAAGCCAUUUUCUGACUCCUGUGUCUCAGCGGCUGUGCUGUGCUCUUGCAGGCCAUGGGGGGGGGGUGUGAAAGCACCAGCUGCGUCCCGUACAAUACAGCGCAAGUCCUGCAGCAACCCCUGCUCGCUUUGUUAGCGAUACGGAACUGACUCGGUCCUGGGUGUGUGGGGGCCAGGCCACCUCACCCUCCUGCUCGGCUGGGUGUGCGGUUGUGGGGCCAGCAGGUGGCUCAGCACAGGGGCAGAGGAGCUUUGGCCAGUGGGGGCUGGUCAAACACCAUCCGGUCCCUUCCUGGGGUGCAAGAGCAGCUUUGGCUCCAGAUGACGUGUCGACACCGGUGCUGAGCACCUGACAGGUCACAGCUCUGUGAUUAACGUCUCUGUAAAUAGAUUCGUAACUGGCUUCGGGAUUUCCUCGUUCAGGUCUUGCAAACUACGUUCUU